AUGGCAUCCACCACCUAUCACUCAUCAGCCGAUGAGACCUUCUUCGUCGAGGACGAGGCCGCCCAGCGCAUGACCAUGCGCGACGCCGGCCGGAUGAUCGCCCGCAACAAGCAAGAGAUGAUCGCCAACGAGCUCUCGAGACUGGCCCACGACGAGUACCUGGAGGAUAUCAUGAAGCACAUGCGUCACAUGGAGGACGAGACGUUGCCGGAUGCCAACUUGAUCGACAUGCAGAGGGAGAUCCAAUGGUUUAUGAGACCGUAUCUCAUCGACUUUCUCAUCGAAGCCCAUGCCGCCUUCUCUCUCCUUCCCGAGACCCUCUUCCUCACCGUCAACCUUCUCGAUCGGUACUGCUCCAAGCGUGUCGUCUACAAGCAACACUAUCAACUCGUCGGCUGCGCUGCUCUCCUCAUUGCCGCCAAGUACGGCGACAAGAAGGACAGAGUACCUCAGAUCAACGAGCUUAACAACAUGUGUUGCGGACUCUACGAUGCGGGCAUGUUUACCCAGAUGGAGAUGCACGUCCUCAACACCCUGGACUGGAACAUUGGCCACCCGACGGUCGACUUCUUCACCCAGUUGAUUGUGGCCGAAGAGCGUGAUGGCAGAGAGGUUGAGCACAUGGCGGCCUACAUUUGCGAGAUCGCCUUGUACCACCGGGAUUUUGUGUCGACGAAGCCUUCGAUUAUGGCUCGGGCUUCUCUCGCGCUCGCCCGUGCCAUCCUCAGCAAGCCCGAGGUCAACGAUGGAGAGUGGGACCACACCGAGAACGUGACUCUACUCACCCUCUCGCAGCAUCUUCAUCAGCCAUCCGUCACCCUAGCCCGCAAGUACUCGAGCGCCUACUACUCCAAGGUCUCUGGCAAGCUCGCAGACUUCCUUGCCCAACAAGCGGCCAUCUCUCGCCGAGGACCCCCAUCUCCCCCUGUCGAGCCAACGUCGCUCUCCACCAAGACUGCCGACAUCUACAGCACCCCACACAAGGGACUCGGCGCUGGGCCCGGCGUUGCUGAUGGUUACAUGACCCCUCCCAUCACCCCCGACGGUAAUUGCUUCGGCCACAACCAAGCGAUGAUCAAGGGUUACCAAGCGCCACCACGAUGCCCAGUCACCCCAACACCCCAACCGAAUCACGUUCAGCCGUACCCACAGCAACAACAACAACAACCACAACAUAUGGCCGGGGCAUCUUACUUUGAGGGCCCAACAAGCCAUAUGGCCUACUGA